AUGGCUUCGCCUUCGUAUGCUGGGCAGAAGCGCAAGGUUGCAAAUAUGAGCUCUGAUGAAGAAGAGUCGCGUCCGACUACCAGCUUCAAGGGAUUCACCCGGGCUGCCUCACGAUCCAUAUCACCCCCCGUGAUGAGUGGCCUUGGUAGCGGCAUGCGCAAUAAGCAAAACAACAUGGCCGGCUCCACACGAGGAGGAUCUUCGCGGGGCCAGAAAAGCAUGGGAGGCGGCGCGGGAAGAGGAUCCAACAGCUUCGCCGCGCGUAUGAUGGCGAAGAUGGGCUACAAGGAGGGACAGGGUCUGGGAACUUCUGGCCAGGGUAUCGUGAACCCAAUCGAGGUACAGGCGCGCCCCCAGGGUGCAGGCCUAGGCGCAGUCAGCGAGAAAUCGAAGAAAACUCGCGAGGAAGAGCGUCGGGCGGCUGCGCAGAACGGCGAGAUUCUUGAAGACAGCUCCGAAGAUGAAAGACGCAGACGGCGAAAGCAGAAGGAGGAGCGCAAGGCUCUGAGCGGCGCGGGCACACCGGUUCAGCGGGCCAAACCCAAAUUUAGGACAGCGCGCGAAAUUGAGGUUGAUAUGGAAGGCUUGGAAGUGCCAAAUGUUCUCAAAUCACUAGUCGACGCGACAGGAAAGGAACAGCGCGUUCUCACUUCCACUGCUGGCCUUCUAUCGACCCAACAAUUCGUCACUCCGGAAGAAGGAGAGGCGUUGAAGAUUGCUCAACGCGCCCGGAAUGACCUUGAAGCCUUUGCGGAUGAAUGGAAGGGCUUGAAGGAAAGAAAAGAGUACAUUGAACUGGAAGAGGCUCAGGUCGUGGAUGAAUUGGAUGCAUACCAAUCCCGUAUUAACCAUCUUACCGGCCUUAUCGCCGCAGUGGAGGAACUGGACAUCUUUGAGAAUGACGAAAGUAUCUCGACGAAAUUCGACGAAUUGACCAGCAAGCUGGAAGCUAUGGCAUCGAAAUAUCAGGAUGUCGCCGAUGAGCACCGACUUCCUGAGACCGCAGUCGCGGCUCUACAUCCGCUCUUUCGCCAAGCCAUGGAUGAAUGGGAACCCCUUCAAGAUCCCAUGUUCCUUGUGCCCAACCUCAUCCGUCUCCAGCCUCUUCUGUCUCAUAAAAAUGUUACAGAGGAACCCCGAAAACGGGCAUCUACCUCACCUUACGAAACGAUGAUUUACACUCUCUGGCUCCCACGUGUGCGCUCUGCACUCUUAAAUGAUUGGGAUGUCUACGAUCCGUCCAAGGCAACCGCGCUGGUCGUGGCCUGGAAGGCGAUUGUUCCACCAUUUGUCUAUGCAAACGUUCUCAACCAGUUGAUCGUUCCCAAGCUCAGCGUUGCCCUAAAGAACUGGAGACCGCGAAGUAGCCGACGACAAGCCGGUUCUGAGCAAGACGGAAAGUUCCCAUGGUGGCUUUUCUCAUGGCUUCAAUAUCUGGAUGACCGGCACACCGACCCGAAACAGCCCACUGGUCUCAUGUCUGACGCGAAGAGGAAAUUCCGCUCGGUACUCGACACGUGGAGUCUGCGCAAGGGAUUGGUCGACCGCAUUGAGGUCUGGAGGGAUGCGCUGGGGUCCGAAUUCGACGUAUGUCUACGAAACCAUCUGCUGCCCCGUCUCGCACGCCAUCUUCGCGAGGACUUCAUCGUGAACCCGCAAGACCAAGAUCUCACAGCAUUCAAAGACGUCUUGUGCUGGACACCAUUCUUCAAGCCUAACGUCAUGGGACUAUUGCUGCUUUCCGAUUUCUUCCCGAAGUGGCACGAAGUCCUUUACAUCUGGCUUACCAACGACCCCAACUACGAGGAGGUCGGUGCUUGGUACACCUGGUGGCGCACUCAGAUCCCAGAGACGGUCAACGAGCUUGUCAUUGUCGACGAAGAGUGGAACAAGGCCUUGCAGACGAUGAACCUUGCUUUGGAGCUAGGUGAUCGUGCCGCUGCCGAACUCCCACGUCCCACUGCAGCACGAACGACACUUCCCACGCGGGAAGACAAAGUGGCGAAAGCCUCUGCUGCCGCCGCCGCAGCUACCCCCGAACCCCGGGCCAAGCCCGCGGCCGUGGAAGAGGUCGGAUUCAAAGACAUCCUCGAGGGCUGGUGUUUGGAGCAGGGACUUAUCAUGCUGCCCUUACGCGAGGCCCACCCACAAAAUGGCCAGCCGCUGUUCCGCAUCACGGCCAGUGCUACAGGCAAGGGAGGAGUCGUGGCUUUCAUUCAAGGAGAUGUGGUGUGGGUUCAGAAUAAGAAGGCCAAGGAGGUAUGGGAGCCAAUGGGUCUGGAGGAUCAGUUGGUGGAGCGCGCAGAGGGCCGGUGA